AUGACCGGUUGCUAUGACGCACAGGCCGCAAGGGCCGCCGCUGCUGAGCCCAAGGGCCCCAGGGCCAGUUGUGCAGCUGUCGCCAAGGCGCUGGUAAAGAAGAAGGCGAAGGUGGCCAGCGUGAGUGUACAGCUUGAGAUGAAGGCUCUGUGGGACAAAUUCAAUCAGCUGGGCACUGAGAUGAUCGUCACCAAGGCUGGCAGACGGUCUGCCAAAUCCCGAAGCAGAAGCCCAUAUUCAUCUAGGCAUUCAAGAUCUCGUAGUAGGCACAGACUGUCUAGAUCCAGAAGUCGUCAUUCUAGCAUUUCUCCUAGCACACUAACUCUGAAGAGUAGCCUGGCAGCUGAAUUGAACAAGAAUAAAAAAGCACGAGCUGCAGAGGCAGCAAGAGCUGCAGAGGCAGCGAAAGCUGCAGAGGCAGCCAAGGCUGCUGAGGCCGCUGCCAAAGCUGCCAAAGCCUCAAACACUUCUACUCCUACCAAGGGGAACACGGAAACUGGUGCCAGCGCAUCACAAGCAAACCAUGUGAAGGAUGUGAAGAAACUUAAGAUUGAGCCUGCACCUUCUCCCUCAAGUGGUGGAACUUUAAAAAAUGACAAGGCAAAAACAAAGCCACUUACCCAGGUAACAAAGGUGGACAAUAAUUUGAUUGUAGAUAAAACCGCCAAGAAAGCAGUUGGGAAGGAGAGUAAAUCUGCUGCUACAAAGGAGGAACCAGUAUCUCUUAAAGAGAAAACCAAACCACUUACACCAAGCACAGGAGCCAAGGAGAAGGAACAACAUGUGGCUCUAGUGACCUCUACAUUACCACCAUUACCUUUGCCUCCCAUGCUGCCUGAAGAUAAAGAUGCUGAUAGCUUACGAGGAAAUAUUUCAGUAAAAGCAGUUAAAAAAGAAGUAGAAAAGAAAUUACGAUGUCUACUUGCUGAUUUACCACUGCCCCCUGAGCUACCAGGAGGAGAUGAUCUCUCAAAGAGUCCAGAGGAAAAGAAAACAGCAACACAGUUACAUAAUAAAAGGAGGCCUAAAACUGUAUUUGAUAGAAUAUGUGGGCCUCGCUAUGGUGAAAUCAAAGAAAAAGAUAUUGACUGGGGAAAACGAUGCGUGGAUAAGUUUGAUAUCAUCGGAAUUAUUGGAGAAGGAACCUAUGGACAAGUUUACAAGGCCAGGGAUAAAGACACUGGAGAAAUGGUUGCCUUAAAAAAAGUACGUCUCGAUAAUGAAAAGGAAGGCUUUCCGAUUACAGCAAUUCGAGAAAUUAAAAUUCUUCGGCAGCUUACUCAUCAGAGUAUUAUCAAUAUGAAGGAGAUAGUUACUGAUAAAGAAGAUGCUUUGGAUUUUAAGAAGGAUAAAGGUGCAUUUUAUCUGGUAUUUGAAUAUAUGGACCAUGAUCUGAUGGGACUACUGGAAUCAGGCUUGGUUCAUUUUAAUGAAAAUCACAUAAAGUCAUUUAUGAGACAGCUCAUGGAAGGUCUGGAUUAUUGUCAUAAGAAGAACUUUUUGCAUAGGGAUAUUAAAUGUUCAAAUAUUCUUCUAAAUAAUAGAGGGCAGAUAAAACUUGCAGAUUUUGGACUCGCUCGAUUGUAUAGCUCAGAAGAAAGUCGGCCAUAUACUAACAAGGUCAUCACUUUAUGGUACCGUCCACCUGAACUGCUGUUGGGAGAAGAACGGUAUACACCGGCUAUUGAUGUGUGGAGCUGUGGAUGUAUCCUUGGUGAACUCUUCACUAAAAAACCUAUAUUUCAAGCAAAUCAGGAACUUGCACAACUAGAAUUAAUAAGCCGUAUAUGUGGGAGUCCAUGUCCUGCAGUGUGGCCCGAUGUAAUCAAACUACCAUAUUUCAACACCAUGAAACCAAAGAAGCAAUAUCGUCGAAAGUUAAGAGAAGAAUUUGUUUUUAUUCCUGCAGCCGCACUAGACCUAUUUGAUUACAUGCUGGCCUUGGAUCCUAGUAGGCGCUGCACUGCAGAACAAGCUCUUCAAUGUGAGUUCCUACGGGAUGUGGAACCCUCGAAAAUGCCCCCACCAGACCUUCCUUUAUGGCAAGACUGUCAUGAGUUGUGGAGUAAAAAGCGAAGAAGACAGAAGCAGAUGGGCAUGACUGAUGAUGUUUCCACAGUUAAAGCCCCCAAAAAGGACUUGUCUCUGGGCUUGGAUGACAGCAGAACGAACACACCCCAGGGUGUGCUGCCAACUUCACAACUGAAAUCUCAGGGCAACUCGAAUGUGGCACCUGGUGAAAAACAGACAGAUCCAUCAACACCACAACAGGAGUCUUCAAAACCAUUGGGAGGAAUUCAACCUUCUUCUCAGAGCGUCCAGCCUAAAGUGGAGACGGAUGCUGCCCAGGCGGCCGUGCAGAGUGCAUUUGCGGUUCUGUUGACUCAGUUAAUAAAGGCUCAGCAGUCAAAGCAGAAAGAUGUGCUACUAGAGGACAGGGAAAAUGGGUCGGGCCAUGAAGCAGCAUCGUUACAACUCAGACCGCCUCCAGAACCUAGCACUCCAGUAUCGGGGCAAAAUGAUCUCAUUCAGCACCAAGAUAUGAGGAUGUUAGAGCUCACACCAGAACCAGACCGGCCUCGUAUUCUGCCUCCUGAUCAACGACCUCCGGAACCACCUGAACCACCACCAGUCACUGAAGAAGAUCUGGAUUAUCGGACAGAAAACCAGCAUGUUCCCACCACUAGUUCUUCACUAACUGACCCUCAUGCCGGCGUGAAAGCAGCCCUGUUACAGCUGCUUACUCAGCAUCAACCCCAGGAUGAUCCCAAAAGAGAAGGUGGUAUUGAUUACCAGGCAGGUGAUACUUAUGUGCCCACUUCAGACUACAAGGACAAUUUUGGAUCCUCUUCUUUCUCUUCUGCUCCUUAUAUUAGUAAUGAUGGUCUAGGAGGUGGCUCUGCUCUACCAUUGGAACGACGUAGCUUCCUUGGAAACUCAGAUAUUCAGUCUUUGGAUAACUACAGUACUACUUCAUCUCAUUCUGGUGGUCCACCUCAGCCUUCUGCCUUUUCCGAGUCGUUUCCCAGUUCAGUGGCUGGAUAUGGAGACAUUUACCUCAAUUCUGGUCCCAUGUUGUUUAGUGGAGACAAAGACCAUAGAUUUGAAUAUAGCCAUGGCCCCAUUGCAGUCCUGGCGAACAGCAGUGACCCUUCCACAGGGCCAGAGAGUACUCAUCCUUUGCCAGCAAAGAUGCACAACUAUAACUAUGGUGGUACCUUACAGGAAAACCCGGGGGGCCCCAGCCUCAUGCAUGGACAGACCUGGACUUCUCCUGCCCAAGGACCUGGAUAUUCACAAGGAUACAGGGGACACAUUAGCACAUCAGCUGGCAGAGGUCGAGGCAGAGGGCUACCAUACUAAGUAUCAGUUUUUCCUCAGGCACAUCAUUUUUAUCUGGAAAGACUUUUCUAGCUGCAAUUUAAGGCAGCAAUCCAAGAGACUUGAAUAAUAUUAAUUCAACAACAGCUUUAUUUUUAUGUGGAAAGGGUCUUGCAUACAAUAGUUUAAAAAGACCAAAAAAACAAAAAAACCCACCUUUGCUUAAAUUCAUGCUGUUCUAAAAACUAGAUCUAUUGAUUGUACAUCUUCACAAAUUCUAGUUAACAGUUUUAUUUUGUAUUCUUGCAGUUUUAAGUGGAUGCUAAUAUUAGGGACAUAAAAGUUCUUUAUGGCCCUCUUGCAGAUCUGAACUAUGCACAUUUGUGCUUUUUUUUUGUAAGUUUGGACCAACUUUUAUGUAACAACCAACCAAUCCCUCCCUUCUCCAGUUUUACAACAAUCAGAAAGGGCACUGAUUUAUUUGGUAUUUUUCUUUUUACAAAGCUACCUUUAGUCAAAGGUCACUGUCAGUCUUUGCACCUGCUUUCAGUGUUAUUGUGAAAGGUGUACUUUGUGCUCAUUUCAGAAAAUAAAACACAACCUUUCUCUUGA